AUGGCGGCCGCCGCCAAUAUGCCCGCGCAGCGCCCGCGCCAGCGCCAGCGCGCGCCCCGCCCCUCCCCGGUACAGGCGGAGGUGUGGGCGCAGCAGCGCGCGUUGGAGCGCGUGGCGGAGGAGGUGGAGGCGGAGAUUGCGCGCGCGCUGGCGGACCGGCGCACGGACGACGCGGUGAGGCUGCUGUGGCGGGAGCGGCAGGCGGGGCGGUGGGCGGGCAGCCGCUGCUGGAGCCGCGCGGUGGCGCAACUGAGCCUCCGCGGGCAGUGGCGCAAGGCGAAGCGGCUGAUCGACGAGGUGUCCCGCGCGCAGUUAGGGGGACAGGCGGGCGGAGAGGCGCAGGCGGAGCGCAGGGGUGCGUGGGAGCAGCAGUGGCUGGCGGGGAGUGCGGUGGGGAGUGGUGCUGGAGAGAGUGGAGAGGUGUUCAGAGAGGUGCAGGUGGAUGAAGACGCGUUCGGGCUCGCUGUGAUGGCAGCGGCGCGCAGUGGCUGUGCGGCUGACGCAGCGGAGCUCCUGGCGCAGAUGCUGCGCGAGGGGCACCUGCCGCGCGUGGCGGUGUGGAGCGCCGUGGUGAGCCGCAUGGGCCGCGACCCCGCGCUCGCUGCCGCCGCCGUGAGGCUCUUCAGGGACUGCUGCGAUGUCGCUGCUGCCAAGAGCGCCCCCCACAUGCGCCCGGACACAGCAGCCUUCAACGCAGCCAUCAACGCGGCGGUGACAGCUGGCGACCUCCCAUUGGCGGAGCGGCUGCUGGGGGAGGGCAUGGCAGGAGCUGGCGUGACCCCCGACGCCAUCAGCUUCAACAUUCUGAUCAAGGGGCGCGCAGCACAGGGCAUGCCUGACCGCGCACAUGAGCUGCUGAGACACAUGCUGGUGAGUGGCGUGGCAUGGCAUGGGAAGCGCAUCUGUGGGCGUGACAGGGAAAGGCAUGGCCGCAUGGGCAGGGGUGGGCGUGACAGGGAAAGGCAUGGCCGCAUGGGCAGGGGCGCACGGCGUGCAGCCAGACGCAGCGUCGUUCAACUUGGUGGUGGCGGGCUAUGUGGCGUGCAGCAUGAUUGGACAGCGCACGGCGUGCAGCCAGACGCAGCGUCGUUCAACUCGGUGGUGGCGGGGUACGUGGCGUGCGGCAUGAUGGGGGAGGCACAGGCGCUCGUGCAGACCAUGUGGCACCUGGGGGAGGCGCAGGGGGAGGGGCGGGGGGAGGGGGGCAAAGAAGGGGAAGUGGAAGGGGAAGGGGAGGAGAAGGGAGUGGUGCAGGGAGAGGAGGGUGGGAAGCGGAGGGUGGGGGUGGGUCCCAACGUGCGAAUGCUCUCCAUCCUCAUCAAGGGGCUCGUUGCAUCUGGGGACUUGACUGCAGCUUUUGAGUGGUUUGAGCGCAUGAAGCAGCGGGCGGACACGGCGCCCAACCACAUCACGUACGCCACACUCAUGCACGCCCUCGUCUCCUCGCCGCCCCACCUCAUCCCUGCACCCAUCCUCGCCCGCGCUGCCGCUGCCUCUGCUGCCUCUACUGCCGCCACCCCUGCCACUGGAGCCACUCCAGUUAGCUCUGCAACGCAGCAAGCUGCUCUCACAGCCAGCAGCAGCACGCCCCCAGCACUGCCUCCCCUUGCACCCGCCACUUCACCCGCUGCGGCAGCCGCGGUGGAUUCGCGGGGAGCAGAAUCAUCUCUGCGGAGGCCAAGCAUUUUGAAGACUGCACGGCCCAGUGCGGACAGUAGUGGUGGUCGUAACGCCGCUGAGAGUCUUAACUCUGCCGAGGGUGAGGCAGGUGCAUGCAGGGGGGAGGCGCUAGAGCAGCAGGGGCUGGGGAAUGGCCGUGCGGGCGUGCUGGAUGCUAGCCGCAGCAGGAGUGAGUCUGACCGCCCAGGGGGAAUUGUUGAGAGGCCGAACGGAUACAGCAGCAGCAUCACUAGCAGCGGCGGCGGCAGGGACAACAUGCUGGCCCGGACAGGCUUCAGCAAUCUGGCGAUGAGGGAAAUCAGCGAGGACCUAGCAGGUGCAGGCACCCUGGAUGAGCUUGCGGUGGUGGCAGCGCGGCAGCUGCUGCAGGAGAUGCGCGCGCGGGGCGUGGCGGGCAACACAGCCGUGCUGAACGUGCUGGUUAAAGCCCACUGCGACCGCGGGCAGAUGGGCGAGGUGGAGGCGCUGCUGAGGGAGAUGGGGUGUGGUGCGGGUGCUGGGAAGCAACGGCGGGUGCAAGGCACUGGGGAGGCUGCUGGAGGCUCUCAGGGUGCUUCUGAUGGGCCUCAAAGGCCACCCGCUGCUCGCGAGGCUGCUACUGAUGGUGCUUCUGAGGCUGAGAUUCCGCAAGGAGCGGCUGUGUGGGGCGCCCCUGAUGCCGACCCUGCCCGCGCCCUCUCCGUGUUUGAAGACAUGCUUGUGGAGGCUGGAAGUGGUGGAGUGCGGUUGGGAGGGAGAGAGAGCGGUGGUGGGAGUCGGGGAGGGAGAGGCGGCUCGGUGGUGAGCGGUGGAGAGGAGUUGCGGGUGGAUGCGGCGGCGUGGGGUGCGGUGAUUGACUCACAGGCGAGGGCAGGGCUGGUGGACCAGGCGUGGAGCCUUCACCUCCCUUCCGUGUCACCUUCAUUCUCCGCUCACCGCCUCGCUCUCACCUUGCUCUCACCUCGCUCUCACCUUGCUCUCACCUCGCUCUCACCUCGCUCUCACCUCGCUCUCACUGAUGAUGAAUCUCCAUUCUCCCACCACACUCCUCGCAUGCGAGGGACCAACAACUGCUCGUGCUCUCUUCUUGCUGCAUUCCAAGGCCCACUCACGCCACCGCUCAUGAUGCUCCCUCCUCCUCUUGCUGCUGCCUCGCUUCUGGCCGCACCACUUGGUGGUCCCUCUGCUGCCACUGGCAGAUGCAGAGGCACGCAUCGGUACACGAUUUUACAACUCAUGCACAGCGGCUUCAGUCUUCCCCACGCCAACCACCUAUGGCAGCUUAGGCCGCGCACAGGCAACAGUGGAGAGGGCAGGGGAGGCGCUGGUGUUGUGGCAGCCUCGAUUGCCCCUACCCCAGCCACAUACGGCAGUCUGGUGCGAGCACUGGCAGCAGCAGAGAGGGCCGGGGAGGCGCUGGUGCUGUGGCGCGACUUGAAGGAGCGUCUGGUGGGGGCGGAGGGUAGUGCAGUGAUGGAUGGGCUCAUGCUCAUCUUCAUGCAGGCCGGGUACUUCCAGCGCGCACUGGAAGUCGUGGGGGCGAUGGAGAGGGCAGGGCUGGCGCCGGACAGGCUCAAGUACAAGCGCAUGCUCAUCACCUCCCUCUCCUCGCGCCGCCACCGCGCCCUCUCCUCCCUCUCCACCACCACCGCUGUUCCUGAUGACUUCCCGGGGUCCCGGGGCUUUGAGGCGCUCAAGUUCUGGCUGGGGCUGCCAAACCGCCUGUACGAGUCUGACUGGAGCUGGCGGGAUUGA